GUGUGUCUCACCUGUUAUCAGUUCUGUUUAUCUGUCCCACCUGCCCUUUCUUAUCCCACCUGUCCUGCCUGUCUCACCUGUCCCUGUUCCACCUGUCUCACCUAUCUCACCUGUCAGUGUCCCACCUGUCUCACCUGUCCCUAUCCCACCUGUCUGACCUGUGGGUGUCCCACCUGCGCAGGUAAGCUGCAGGCCCUGGACGUGCUGCUGCGGCGGCUGCGGGCCGGGGGGCACCGGGUGCUGAUCUUCACGCAGAUGACGCGGAUGCUCGACGUGCUGGAGCGCUUCCUCACCUUCCACGGCCACAUCUACCUGCGCCUGGACGGCUCCACCCGCGUCGAGCAGAGACAGGCGCUGAUGGAACGCUUCAACGCCGACAAGCGAAUCUUCUGCUUCAUCCUGUCCACGCGCUCGGGCGGCGUCGGCGUCAACCUGGCAGGGGCCGACACCGUGGUGUUCUACGACUCGGACUGGAACCCCACCAUGGACGCGCAGGCGCAGGACAGGUGUCACCGCAUCGGCCAGACCCGCGACGUGCACAUCUACAGGCUGAUCAGCGAGCGCACGGUGGAGGAGAACAUCCUCAAGAAAGCCAACCAGAAACGGCUGCUG